CCAGACGCCAAGAUACCAUCAGCCCUCAGCUUCAAUUCGCCUUUCUGACUAGCCAGUAGCCAGUCUCCUUCUAUCCGCCUUUCCGGCCAUGGAAUCCCAGAAUGCAGUUGAUGAAUUUGAAUGUAGAGUUGUAGAGAUGAUGCAGGGUAUGGAAGAUUUAUUAAAAAAACAGGAUCGUAAGAUCGCUGUUUUGUUAGGUCAAAAUGGUUAUAUGGAGAAGGUUGAAGCAGACAAGCCCGCAAGACUAUCACGGCUGCACUUGAGGAAUCCCACACUACACUUGAUGAAUCCCAUACUGUACUUGAUGAACGGAAAGCUUCAAGAGAUUCAAGAUGAGCUCAAGAAGAUUAAUGAAGAAGCAAGUGAUAUGGUGUUGGAAGUAGAGCAAAAGUACAAUGACGAAACCCAGAGUGCGGUGAUGAGUGAGAGUGAUGGUGCUAAAUUGGAGGCCACUAGGCAGGAGCUAGAGGAGAUGAAGCUCCAUAUCCAAGAAAGGGAAUCUACAGUUGACGAGCUGUGCUUGGCGUUUGAGAAGCUGCUUCAGGACAACAACAAAUUGUUCGACCGUUUUUGAAAACAUUUUUUAAACCAUCAUGCCACUUUGUUGCACUUUCUUCUCCGCUGUUAUAUGCUUUUCACAACUUUGUACAUAUGAAAUUAUCAUACUUUUUGUCCACUAUUUUGACUCGUGUUCAUUCUCACAA